AUGGAUACCAACGGCAUAUUAUCUCGGUCUCUCGAUGAGUCUUUAUUCCGCGAGCUUCCUCAGCUUCAGAGUCUCCGCAUUGCUCCUCUUCGCCAACCCGUCUCCUCUCGGUUCCUAAGCGUUCCCUUCCCCCUGGAGCCUAACGCCAGUGGGAUCCGUGAUUCGAAUCCCGGUUCCAAGCCCAAUACGCCCGCCGGGAAUCUACCCGCUAAUCUCCCCACUCUUACGGAGUUCCUGAACGCCGCCAGCUCGAAGAAGAAUAAUGAUUUCACCGUCGACGCCCUUGUGAGCGUGGAGCCACCGCCCAAGCCGAUCUUACCAGCCUUCGUCAAUCUUCGUGCUCUGGAACGCUUUCGAUACUCCUCGUUCGACGAUGAUUCGCUCGUCCGCAAGCGCCGCCGCCUCGACAUCCAGACUGAUUCCUUUAGUGAGCAUCUGCAGCUGCCGAUCCCCCAGGCGCAGAAAGAACAGCGACCGCCGCCCUUCGGACCCUUUGCGAUUCUCAAUGGUCUGAAUGAACCCCCGCCCAACGCUGCUCUCCUCCCGCCUAUCGAACCAGGCUCUAUCACGCAGCUGCUGACCAAACCGUCGCGUGACACUUCGACCGUUGAGCCUGCUCUGUUAACUGCCGCCGCCGCCGCCGCCGCUGCUGUUACUCAGAGCGGGGAACGUAGGGAAGGGAGGAUUGAAGAUAUCCUUGACUCGCCAAUUGACGACAAGUCUCCUAGCGAUGAUCUGACUACCGGGGAGGGAAAUGCUAUCCUGGAUGGCGCCAGUGUUGAUCAAUGCGAAGGCGGGAGAAAAGAGUCCGAAGACGCUCCAACCCGUGCUCCGUCAACUGAUGAAGCGGAGCCACUUUCCCCCAAAACGAGAGGCCGUUCCCGCAAGAAUCUCCGCAAAUGGACCGAGGAGGAGACGACGGCUUUGCUUCGCGGCGUGGUCAAGUGCGGCAUCGGCAACUGGACGGCUAUCCUAGCACAACCCGAACUCAAGUUCAACAAACGGAGCGCGUCAAAUCUAAAAGAUAGGUUUCGUGUCUGUUGUCCUUGGGCAUACCGUGCUGCUGAUCCGAACGAAGCCACAAAGCAACUGCACGAUACGUUGGCCAAUGCACUCCUGAGGGCGGAAACAGAAGGGUCCGAUGGCACCGCGGGGAAGAUCCUGCUGCCACAACCGCGGCCAGUCAAUUCCGAGUCUCAUACCUCUAGUGGCAGCUCUAUCUCGAAUAUGAAUGAGACUUCCGCCUCGAGUGGCUCUUUGAGCUCCGAAGCUGAUAGCAAAACUGCAAGAUCUCGCUCGAAGUAUGGGCCUACCUUCAAAGCCACUCCUACCCUUUCUCAUAGAUCCAAAUCCACUCUUGCCUCUCUUGGUAUUCCAGAACCUCAUUUCACUAUGAAAUCUCGUCGGCGCUCCCGGCGCCCGUUUACCGUCGCGGAAGACGAAGCCUUGCUCAAGGGAUAUGCCGUCCACGGGUUCCAGUGGACCCUUAUCCAGCAAGACAAACGCUUGAACUUGAGUCACCGCAAGGCAACUGACCUUCGGGACCGAUUCCGGACCAAAUUCCCCCAUGCAUACCGUGACGGAGGGUCGGUCAAUGGUAGACCGCUGCAUAACCCAAGUCAAGGUGUAGGCCAGGCGAACGCCAAUAAUGUACCUUUUAGCAAGCCAAACCCGCAAGCCACCCGACAACACACGUCCCCGGCCCGAAUUGGUAGGACCGUUCUCGCAGAACAAGCCACCAUGGGCCCAAUUGACCCUGCCCUUUCCCCACCGGCUCCUCCACAGGGCUUGCUUGAAGCCUCGGCUGGUGCACCCCUGGGCACGGCUAUUCUGCAUUUCCCUGUGGAUGAGAACACUACCAACCCUCCAGGGGUGGAGGCCUCCUGGGCUAAUAACACACUCGCCCCAAUGGUUUGGGACGAGCUGGCUUAG